AUGGCUGGCUUCCUGGAUAAUUUCCGAUGGCCGCAGUGCGAAUGCAUUGACUGGGGGGAGAAGAGGAACACCAUAGCCUCUGUCGUAGCUGGUGUUUUGUUUUUUUCAGGCUGGUGGAUCAUGAUAGAUGCAGCAGUGGUGUACCCCACACAGGAUGUCUUGAACCACGCUUUUCACACCUGUGGUGUAUUCUCUACAGUGGCGUUUUUUAUGAUAAACGCAGUGUCCAAUGCACAGGUACGAGGAGACAGCUACAGUGAUGGAUGCUUGGGAAGGGCAGGAGCUCGAAUCUGGCUCUUCAUCGGCUUCAUGAUGAUGUUUGGAUCACUUAUCGCCUCUAUGUGGAUCCUUUUUGGUGCCUAUGUUACACAACAUACUAAUGUCUACCCCGGACUGGCUGUGUUUUUCCAGAAUGCUUUAAUAUUUUUUAGGUAA